AUGGCGACCUCCAAGGUCGGUGACCGCUUCGCCUAUAAGGUUGUCAACGUUGACUCGACGGCGGUGAGCAGCCCCACGUACUCCAUCGACGUGUCGAAGCAAUACCAGACCAUGAUCGGCUUCGGUGGCGCUUUCACGGAUGCGGCGGCCAUCAACGUGUACAAGUUAUCGUCGACGCUGCAGCAAAUGGUGCUGGACCAGUACUUCUCGGAGACGGGUCUGCAGUACACUUUGGGUCGCGUGCCGAUCGGGUACACGGACUUCUCCACGAGCAUCUACUCGUACAACGACGUGGUGGACGACUUCGAGAUGGAGCACUUCUCGAUCGCGGUGGACAAGUCGCCGUCUUCACACAAGAUCGACCUUAUCCAGCGUGCUCUAAACACUUCGUCGCGUAAUACGACGACGGAGACCACGACGCUCAAUUGUGCGCUGAAGGGCAACCCGGGCGAGAAAUACUGGAAGGCGCUGGCGCUGUAUUACUCCAAGUUCUUCGACGCGUACUCCAAGGAGGGCAUCAACUUCUGGGCCAUGACAGUUCAAAACGAGCCGUCCAAGUCCAUUCUGCAGACGGUGGCUUGGCAGUCGCUGCGCCUUAGCGCGGAGAAAGAGCGCGACUUUGUGAAACUCGACCUAGGACCAAGAAUGGCGAAGGACCACCCAGGCCUGAAGAUCAUCGCUGGAGACGACCAAAAGUCUGGCAUCCUGGACCGCCUCGCAUCGUUUGAAGACGCGGAUGCCCUGAAGUACAUCAGUGGUCUUGGUGUGCACUGGUACCGCGACUUGGACUUCUUCUUCUUCGGUAUCGGCGGAGACUUUGACAAACUGUCGACCUUCCACGAGAAAUACCCAGACAUGUUCAUGCUUUCAACGGAGGCGUGCGAGGGGUUCUUGCCAAGCUGGCUGGGCACGGGCUCUGGAGUUUCUCUUACGGACUCGGACAAGAGCUGGUCCCACAUCAACAACUACGUCGCGGGAUAUGCUGACUGGAACUUGGUCCUCGACACGACGGGUGGUCCAACCUGGGUAGAAAACUACGUCGACGCACCCAUUCUGGUGGACGAGAAGAACGGGGUCGAGUUCUACAAGCAGCCGAUGUUCUACAUCAUGGGCCACUUCUCCAAGUUCAUUCCGGCUGGCUCCAAGCGCAUCGAGUUUCCCAAGACGAAGACACUAAGCAACUUCCACCGCUGCGCGUUCGUGACUCCGGACAACCGCGUGGUGAUCCAGUUCAUGAACCGCGAUAGUUCAGCAGUGACCGUGAGUGUGAAACAGACGGACUCGAAGACGUUCACUCUAACUCUGCCCGCGCACUCGAUGCAAACGGUGAUCUUGCCACCAUCGGAGGCUACGAAGAUCUUCUAA